AGUAUGUGGUACGUAGCCAAGUAGGAACGAACCCACUAUAAGUGAAAGUUGUAGAACUACUUGCAUCUCUUUCUUGCGUCGUUUUGCUUCGGCUGUGUCGCAUUUAUCAGUAGAACCAGCUUGGAAGCCUGAAGGAUGUCGGCAGUUUUACCCCCAAGUGUUGCGAUCUGUGUCAAUGAAGCUCCGUCCCGGCCAGAUAAACCGUCUCUUCAGCACUUCGUCUGCUGCAGCUUCAGAAUUUAGAAAAGAAGGAUUUCAAAGCGGGAGAUUUACUGAUAUUGGAACAAGGCAAAUUUUCAAUGAAGAUCACGAUAUGUUCCGAGAGUCGGUGAGAAAGUUCUACCAAGAGGAAGUUUUGCCCUAUCAUGACCAAUGGGAAGAAGAAGGCCAAGUAAGCAGGGAACUGUGGCUUAAAGCUGGGGAUAUGGGGAUCCUGGGGGUUAAUACACCAGAGGAACAUGGUGGAAUUGGUGGUGAUUGGUUAUCUGCUGCUAUAGUACAUGAAGAACAAGGUUACGUCAAUUGCUCGGGUCCAGGUUUUGCUCUGCACUCUGAUAUAGUGAUGCGGUACAUCACAAAGUACGGAACGCCGGAACAAAUUGAGAAAUAUAUUCCUGACAUGACUGCUGGCAAGAAAAUUGGUGCAAUUGCGAUGACUGAACCUGGUGCUGGUAGCGAUUUACAGGGUGUUCGUACUUUUGCGAAGAAAGAUGGUGAUGACUGGGUUCUAAAUGGAAGUAAAGUGUUUAUCACAAACGGUUGGAUGGCAGAUGUCGUUAUUGUCGUUGCUAUCACGGAUAAAGAAGCAAAAUCUGCAGCUCAUGGAAUAAGUCUUUUCCUUGUAGAUGGUGAUAACCCAGGAUUUAUCAAGGGAAAGAAAUUGAAGAAAAUGGGACUCAGAGCACAGGACACAGCAGAACUGUUUUUCGAAGACUGUCGCUUACCUUCAAGUGCAUUACUGGGUGGAAAAGCAGGUCUGAACGCCGGGUUUUACCAGUUAAUGCAGGAAUUGCCCCAAGAACGACUUCUCAUCAGCAACUUAUGCAUGGCUGCAUGUGAAUUCAUGUUCGAGGAGACGAGAGAUUACGUGAAGCAGAGAAAAGCUUUUGGGAAAACUCUCUCCAAGCUGCAGACAAUCAAGCACACUUUGGCUGAAAUUAAAACAGAGACUGCAGUUGCAAGGGGAUUCUUGGAUCGUUGCAAUGAUCUUCAUAACCAGAGGAAGCUUGACACGUCAACUGCAUCCAUGGCAAAGUAUUACGUUACUGACCUCAACAACACUGUAGCUUACAGAUGCGUGCAGUUGCAUGGUGGUUGGGGUUACAUGUGGGAAUACCCCAUCUGCAAAGCGUAUGUUGACGCACGUGUUCAAACCAUCUAUGGUGGCAGCAACGAAAUUAUGAAGGAGCUUAUUUCUCGAGAUAUUGAAAAGGAUGUGUAGCUGCCUGUUCUUCCUAUAAUGACAAUUUAAUUCCUUUCCGUUUAAUUUAAUUCUAUCGACGUUGUAUAUAUUAUUUUCCAAAAUUUUUGAAACGUUGUUCAAAUUUCUUGUUUAUUUGAAAAGAAAAUAGUUCCAAUUUUCAAUUCUAACUUGAGAUUGUUUACAGUUUGUUGUUGAGUGCAUGCGAGAAAGUAAAUAUUGAUAAUAUAGAUUUGGUGUGUCAAAGGUUUUUGUUAUGUCAAAAUAAAAUAUCUUUGUUUGUCAUAAAGAAA